AUGUCUCAGCUUCCUGCGUCCACCAAGGCCAUCACGCUCGCACACUACCCCAAGGGCCUGCCCACGCUCGACACCUUCCACACCGUCGAACUGCCGCUCCCCGCCGAGCUCCAGCCCGGCGAGGUGGCGCUGCGAGCCGAGUGGUUGUCGGUUGACCCGUACCUGCGCGGUCGCAUGCGCGAGGGGGCCAAGAGCUACGUCCCCCCGUUCGAGCUCAACAAGCCCAUCGUGUCAGGCAUCGUGGCCCGCGUGAUCGCCUCCAAGGACGACAACUUCAAGGUGGGCGACCGUGCCAUCAGCCUGCUGCCGUGGCAAGACUACAUCGUGAUCAACCCGUCGACCCACCCGGCUGGUCCUCCCUUCAGCCUGCAGAAGCUCGACAAGUUCCCCCCGGGCGUGUCAUUCAGCAAUGCCGUCGGCGCUCUGGGCAUGCCCGGCCUCACAGCCUACUUCGGCCUUCUCGACAUUGGUGACCCGAAGGAGGGCGAGACGGUGUUCGUGAGCGGUGCUGCUGGUGCCGUGGGUUCGCUCGUGGGCCAAAUCGCCAAGCUCAAGGGCUGCCGAGUGGUGGGUAGCGCGGGUGAUGAUGAAAAGGUGGCGUGGCUCAAGGAGGAGCUGGGCUUCGACGACGCUUUCAACUACAAGACCGUCGGCGAUCUCAACGAGGCCGUCGCCAAGGCAUGCCCCAAGGGAGUGGAUGUGUACUUUGACAACGUGGGCGGCGCCAUCAGCGAUGCGGUGACGCUGCAGAUCAACCCCUAUGGCCGCAUCUCCGUGUGCGGUCAGAUCUCGGCCUACAACGAGGACGGCUCGAACCCCACGGCCACCACCGGCCCGCGGCACGACUGGAUCCUGCUCACGCGGAAUGUCAAGAAGGAGGGCUUCAUCGUAGGCCGACCAGCGUGGGCCAAGCGCUACCCGGAGGCGCUGGCCCAGCUGGCGGGCUGGGUGGCCAGCGGGCAGAUCAAGGUGCGCGAGACCGUCGUCGAGGGCCUCGAGAGCGCGCCCAAGGCCUUCUUGAACCUGUUCGAUGGCUCGAACACCGGCAAGAUGGUGGUCAAGGUCGCCGCCGACGCUCAGUGA